CUUGUGGUCACAUUGUUGCUUGCGUUGUGGAAAGAAAAUAAAUAAAUAGGAAAAAGAUUGUAAAACCAGCAAAUUGGACAAUAAUUAUGGAUAAACUAACAACAAUAAGUGCGACGCUAUUUAUGGCCGCCGAUGUAUUUGCCAUUGUAAGCCUAGCGCUGCCCGAUUGGAUUAUAACUGAGGAAGCUGGUGAUAUACGACUUGGCUUAAUGUGGACCUGUAUGACACUGUACAAUCGCCCACAAGUUUGCUACACACCCGACCUGCAGCCGGAGUGGCUAAUUGCGCUUGUUUGUAUUUUCAUUGGUUGCAUUUGCAUCACGACGACAGUAAUAUUGCUCGCUUCAAGUACCUGGGAUCGCAAUGUGAUUCCCUAUGCACGCUGGGUGGGAUUUGCAGCUAUGGUACUUUUCUGUUUUGCCGCUGUUGUCUUUCCGCUCGGUUUUCACAUCGAAGAGAUCGGCGGCCAGGCUUACCAGCUGCCAAACACAUUCAAAAUCGGCAUAUCCUAUAUAAUGUUUGUGCUGGCACUGUGGAUCACAGUUGUAUCCGAGUUAUUUGCCGGCAAAGUGUGUCUGCCACACUUUUAAAACGUGAGAAGCCGCUAAGAAUUUAUAUGUGUAUAUAUAGACGCGUCUGAAUUAGCUAUUAAGUUCAUUUUUGUUUUGCAGUUUUCUUCUGUGAUUUGUUAUGUUUUAUUUUUACUUUUUGUUUUAUGCGUAUUGCUCAUAAAUGUAUAUUUUUUUAACAAUUAAGCCAUAUGAACACAACACUCGAAUUGACUUCAGAAAUCUCCGUAGAUCUAAAUGUAUUCACUUUGUAUAAGAAUAAUUAAAAGAAUCCAAUGAAUUUACUCACA